UUAGUACCGGCUUGUUUUCGAUAAGCUUUGAUAUUAUCGAUAGCACUUACUUAUCAGUUAAAACCCAAGCAAACCUAAAGGAAACAAACUAAAUGGGUGAACCCAAGAUGCAGCCACCGGGCGUACGUGUGCCCAAUGCCGAGACCUUCCUGCCCCUCAGCCGUGUGCGCACUAUCAUGAAGAGUUCUAUGGACACGGGUCUGAUUACCAACGAGGUGCUUUUCCUUAUGACCAAGUGUACAGAACUGUUCGUCCGGCAUUUGGCGGGCUCAGCGUAUGCGGACUCAUUUCGCCAACAAACCGGUGAAACUCUGAAAUACGAGCAUCUUUCGCAGUUAGUUAACAAGAGCAAGAAUCUCGAGUUUCUGCUUCAGAUUGUGCCGGAGAAGAUUCGUGUUCACGAGUUCCAGGAGAUGUUGCGAUUAAAUCGAUCCGCCGGCAGUGACGAUGACGAUUCCGAAUCCGGAUCCGAGUCGGAUGAGUGAUUGCACAAGCGCUUCUACAUCUCCACAUGGAACUAAACGCCCCCCCGACUGAUUUUAACUCCCCCGCUAUCAUUUUAUUUUAAACUAGACGAUAAGUAAACGAUUGUGUAUUUUACCCUGAUUAAUAAAAAAACAGCAUAAGAA